CAACAAACAUAUCCAAUACUGAGUAAUUGUAAUUAACAAGCAGUCAUUUUGAUUAUAAACGUAACAAACAAAUAAAUUUUAAUAUUUUUUGUUUUGUUUUUCUCGUUUUUUCUCGUUUUGCAAAUACAAAUGGCGUCCAUAUUAGUGAGAAUAGUGACGUCUUCAUUUCUUGUCCUGCAACUAAUGAUCACCAUUGUUAUGGCGGCGAACAAAUACUAUGGCGACGCCUUGUCGAAGAGCAUCCUAUUUUUCGAGGGGCAGAGGUCCGGCAAACUCCCCCCCAACCAACGUAUGACUUGGAGAAAAGAUUCCGGUCUUCGCGACGGCUCUACUUCAAAUGUGGAUUUAGUAGGCGGGUACUACGACGCGGGCGACAACGUGAAGUACACUUUUCCGAUGGCGUUUACGACCACGAUGCUGGCGUGGAGCGUGGUGGAGUACGGCGGAGACAUGGGCGGUGACGAGCGGCCCCACGCACUCGACGCGGUACGUUGGGGGACGGACUUUCUGAUGAAGGCUACGAACAAAGAGAACACGGUUUUCGCUUUGGUGGGGGAGCCGGUGGCGGACCAUAAUUGUUGGGAAAGGCCGGAGGACAUGGACACACCUCGGACCGCUUUUGCCGUCACCGAUAAGUCUCCUGGCUCGGAGGUUUCCGGCGAGAUCGCCGCCGCCCUGGCGGCUUCUUCCUUGGCUUUCAAAGAUUCUGACCCUAAGUAUUCCCAAUGGAUCUUGCAAAGGGCUGCCCAAGUCUUUGAAUUUGGUGAUAAAUUUAGAGGUUCGUACAAUAAUAGCAUUGGGCGAUGGGUUUGUCCAUUCUAUUGUGACUUUGGUGGUUAUCAGGAUGAAUUGGUUUGGGCAGCAAUAUGGCUGCACAAAGCAACAAAUGAGGAACGUUACUGGGAUUAUGUGAGGCAGAACAUCAAUACUUUCGGGAUGGCUACAAAUUUAUUCGGAUGGGAGAGCAAGGAUGCCGGCAUUAAUGUGCUCGCCUCUCAGUAUAUUCUAAAUGGAGGAGGUGGCAAAGAUUUCAACCUUUUCAUUCCCAAUGCUGAUGCACUCAUCUGCAACGUUCUUCCUGAAUCCCCUUCAAGAUCUGAGAAAUUCACUCCUGGUGGUCUCAUAUUCCAACCGAACGCGAUAUGCAACAUUCAGCGCGCGACAUCGUUGUCGUUUCUUUUCCUGACAUACGGGAAAUACUUGGAAGCAAGCAAAAGGACAGUCAGUUGUGGCAAAGUAGUGGCCACUCCGGCAAGACUUGUACAGUUUGCGAAGUCGCAAGUUGAUUACAUACUGGGGAACAAUCCGAUGAAGAUGUCGUACAUGGUCGGGUUCACGGAAUCGUUCCCCGAGAGAAUACACCACCGCGGGUCUUCGUUGCCUUCGGUUGGUCUUCGACCGAAACCCAUUGGGUGCAAAGAUGGGAGUCCAUACUUACAAAGCAAAAGCCCAAACCUGAAUUUGUUGGUUGGGGCUGUGGUGGGAGGGCCAGAUGGGAAUGACAAGUUUGCCGAUGAUAGGACUGAUUUUGCCCACUCGGAGCCUACUACUUAUGUAAAUGCACCUCUUGUUGGCAUCUUGGCUUACCUCAAAGCUAAUUCUUGAGCCAUUUUAUUUUGUAGAAUAAGUUUGGUUAAUUAGACACAAUAUGAUAGUAUUUUCUGUUAUUCAAUGGAUAAGAGGAUGAAUAAACGAAUACACAUACACAACAUUUGUAUUUGCAUGUUAUAUAGUAAGAAUACAAAGUGCAUUUUCGGUCUUCAAUGUUAUUUAUUGAUAUAUGAAAUACUCCUAAUGUUUUUUCUCUAGAGCCAACAGUCUUGAAAACAAAUACCCAUUCUUUAUUUUUUACCUCAAAAUGUUCCAUAAAAUUUUUCAUUUUUUACUGUUAAAUUUGCCACAUACAAAAAUAUAAUGACGGUAAAGAAAUAUUUAAGAAUACU